GUAGGCUUUGAUGAAGGGAAGGGAAGGGCAGGGCAGGGUAGGAGCCGAGGAUCGAGUUUGCUCGGUUUUUUUGGACCUAGCGAGAGACAGGUGAAAGAGCAACGGAAGAAGAUUGACGCUUCUAGUUUAACAAAACAGUAGAGAAUACGUAAGUUGCUGUUAUUUGCCAGUUGGCACUUGGGACAAGCCUCUACAACUGACCAUAUACAGUCAUUAUCAAAAAUGGCUGACCAAGAUGUGGGAAGUCAAAUUGAAGCACAGUUUUAUGAUGCUGUGAGGAGACUACAAAGUAAACAGCUUUUUCAAUCUACCUGGGAUAUUGCUACCUUUGCCAUUUUCUUUAUAUUUAUUGGUGCUGUGUUGUUUCUGGUUCUCUUGGUUGUGGUUCGCAUUUUCUGGGGCUGCUGCUGUUCCUCCUCCAAAAAGCCUUCAAAGCGCAAAGUGGGUGUUGACAACCUGGCACUAGAGCCUUAGAACUUGAAUUGGAUUUUUGACCAGCGACAACAACCUUCACUGCAUCACAGAAUCCUGUGCAAUACUUAGUUAUUUUGACUAGUGUCUUUUCUGAAUUGUAUCCAACAAUGAAAUUUUUUUAGUAUUUUUGCUUCAAUUUGUUGAUGUUACUUUGGAUCCACACACUAUGAACCAUCAGGCAGGUGACUAGCUGCAAAAUUUUCAAUAGCCCCUUAAUAACCACUUGAGUAAUGCAAGGACAUCCUGAAAAUGGUUUGUUUGUUUAUCUUUUGUUAAAGGGAAGCAGAUAGCCACCAUUUUAACAUGCAAUUAAGUCUGGGUGUUGUGAAAUAACAGGUGUAUACAAUAUGUCAGGACCCAAACUGCAUUUGGUAUACCAGUUUCUUUCAAAAUGUUAGUUGUAAUCACUUCUAAAUUAUUUUUGCUGAAAUACUAAUUUAAAUGAAUCCAUUUCACUGCAUGACUGUAGUAAAAUCUAUUGAAUGGCUCCUUUUUAGAAUGCAUUUUAAUUAAACUAAAAUGCUAACUUUUCUAUAGUGCAACAUUCAAUAUCAGCAGUUAAUUUUGUCUGGAUAAUUUGAUGCACUUUUGCCAACACAACCAAUAUUUUAAAGAUGUACUUUUUAUUACAGUUAAUUUCAAAUGUUUUAGAAAAAUUAUUUUAAUGGCUUAAAGAUCCAGUUAGUUUCUUUGCAAUGAAAUUACUUUUAAAAUGCAACUUUGUAAAUCUCAUGUAAGUACUAUUAUACUGUGGCUGAUUGACAUCUUUGCUUUUGAAUAAUAAAUGAAACGUUUUAACAUCAA